ACUGACGCCCGCCGCUGGGCUUCCCACUCGGGCUGCCGCCGCCGAGCCGUCGGGAUGGAGUCGCCGAUCUUCACCCUGCUGCUCGUCCUCUGCCUCCCGGCUGGGCUCCCCGGCGCUUCCAUCCCAACGGAGCCGCGAACGUCCCCGGGCCCCGGGACACCCAACUACCCAAAACCGUCCGGCAGCGCGGAGACAGGGACGCAGAGGUCGAAGGUGGAGGCGCCAGAACACAUUCCAGGGGACGUGUCAGAUGGAUCCGCACGGCAGGAAGAGUGUCCCCCGCUGGGGUUGGAGUCACUGAGGGUGGAGGACACACAGCUGACAGCCUCCAGCUACCUGAGGGUGGGGCUCGGACCGCACCGGGGGAGGCUCAACAUUCAGGCUGGGAUCUAUGAGGAGGAUUAUUAUGAUGGAGCCUGGUGUGCUGCCCACGAGGAUGCGGAGCAGUGGCUGCAACUCGAUGCUCAGAAGCUGAUCAAGUUCACUGGAGUCGUCACCCAGGGCCGCAAUUCAAUCUGGAGUUGGGACUGGGUCACUUCCUACAAACUGCUGUUCAGUAACAACACCCACAGUUGGACAGCCCACCGCAAUGGCAGCACUGACUCCGUUUUCACAGCAAAUUCAGAUCCUGAGACGCCGGUGCGCAUUUUCCUGUCGGAGCCAAUUGUGGCUCGUUAUAUUCGCAUCAACCCGCGUUCCUGGUUCCCCAAUGGCACCGUCUGUCUACGGGCUGAGGUCCUGGGUUGCGCUCUGACCGGCCGGACUGACCCCUCGGUAGUGGAGCAGGAAAGUUCGGACCAGCUUGACUUCAGACAUCACAGCUACGAGCAGCUGAGGGAGGUGAUGCGGCGAGUCCGUAAGGAAUGUCCGGACAUCAGCCGCACCUACAGCAUUGGCCGGAGUGUCCAGGGCCGGAAGCUCUACGUCAUGGAAAUCUCCGAUAAGCCUGCGGUGCACGAGCUGGGGGAGCCCGAGUUCCGGUACGUGGCGGGAAUGCACGGCAAUGAGGUGCUGGGCCGGGAACUGCUCAUUCUCCUGAUGCAAUUCCUCUGCAAGGAAUACCGGCGGAAAAAUCCCCGGGUGCAGCAGCUCAUAAACAGCACACGGAUUCACCUGCUCCCCUCGAUGAAUCCCGAUGGACACGAAAUGGCCAACAAGAUGGGGUCAGAACUUGCCGGUUGGGCCUACGGACGCUGGAACAUGCAGGGCUUCGACCUGAACCAUAACUUCGCCAGCCUGAACUCCGUUUUCUGGGCGUCCGAGGAUGUACAAUCGGAUUCUAAACGUGUCCGUAACCAUUUCAUUCCCAUUCCCAAGUACUACAGAUCGCCCAACGCCACAGUUGCUCCGGAGACGUGGGCGGUCAUUAACUGGAUGAAGAAGGUCCCAUUCGUGCUGAGUGCAAACCUGCAUGGAGGGGACAUGGUGGUCAGUUACCCGUUCGAUCAGUGCCGCGAGAUAGGCACUGACCAUGAGCCCAGCCCGACGCCUGACGAAGAAGUCUUCCGCUGGCUCUCCUUUGCCUUCGCCUCCAGCCACCGGGCCAUGGCUCAGUACAACCGGCGCCUCUGUCACGGGGACGACUUCAUGCAACACAGCAACAUUAUCAACGGCGCCCACUGGCACACCAUGGUUGGCAGUAUGAACGAUUUCAGUUACCUUCACACCAACUGCUUCGAGGUGACUGUGGAGCUGAGCUGUGACAAGUUCCCCCACCACAGCCAACUGCCCAUGGAAUGGGAGAACAGCCGAGAGUCCCUCCUGUUGUACAUGGAGCAGGUUCACCGGGGUAUAAAGGGUGUGGUGAAGGAUCACCAGGGCAACGGGAUUGCCGGAGCCAUCAUCAGCGUGGACGGUAUAAACCACGACAUUCGGACAGCUGCCAGCGGUGACUACUGGCGACUGCUGAACCCCGGCCGUUACGAGGUGACGGUGAAAGCGGCGGGGUUCGUCCCAUCCAGCCAGACCUGCUCCGUCGGUUACGACAGACAGCCGACCAUCUGUGACUUCCAGCUGAGCCGCCGGCCGGCGGGUGGGCGGGUUCCCAGGGGGAGGGGGGCUGUCCGCAGGAGGUCCCAGGUGCACUGAGUCCCACCCGCACAGGGCAGCUGGCCUGUCCCUGGAACCACCUCCCCUGAACCCCAACCCCAGAAGCCAAGGCACCCACUUACUCACAGCACCAGAAGACCCAAACCCCAUAUUCUGGUGCUCAGGGACAGGGGAGGGCCAUUCUGCCCAUCGAACCCUGUCCGUGGGCUAGGAGGUGCCUGUUUGACAUUAAAGAUCUGAGAUUGUUUAAGGUAAUUUCCGAAACACAAGUGUAAAGGAGAACGAAAUAAUAAAUAUCAAUACAUAAAACAGCCUAUAUACAUGGAUUGAUUAUAUGUCCAUAAAAUGAUGCUCGGCACAGGAGUGUCUGUACAUAAGGUGGCUCUGACAGGACAUUAUAAAGUCGUGGUGGUGUGUAGUGGGUGAUUAGUUGGGGGAGGUGUUGAUCAGCCUCACUGCUUGGGGAAAGUCACUGUUUUUGAGUCUGGUGGUCCUGGUGUGGAUGUUUGCAGCCUCCUCCCUGAUGGGAGUGGGACAGACUGUCCAUGAUCCUUCGUGAUGUUAUUGGCCCCUUUCGGGCACCUUUCUGUAUAAUUGUCCUUGAUGGUGGGUAGGCUAGUGCUGAUGAAGCAUUGGGCAGUUUUGACCUCCCUGUCUGUAACAGUGCAAUUUCCAUACCAUGUAGUGACGCAUGUUGUUGGGAAGCUCACAUGCGCACAGGCUGGUCACCCCCCUCCCCCACAGUAUUGUUCAGAUAAGACCCUUCAGCCCACAUGUCUCUGCUACCACAAGAACUCCAUCUGGACCAAUCCCAUGCUCUGGCUCCUGGGUCCACAGCACCUUUCAGCGGGUGUCCAGCUCCUGUGUACCUGCUCCUUCUGCUCACACCCUCCACCAGCACGUGCUGAUGACCCCACGGACACACUGAGCACUCACUG